AUGCGCUAUGAGAGCACUGCCCGUACGGAGGCCCCCGAGACAGCGGAGUAUGCAGCACGGAUGAUUGAGCUUGCCGAGACUGGUAUGCGACAGGCACAUGACUUUGAGCGUCUCGGUGAGCGUGUUCCCGGUGCCCCACCUCAGGCAGCUGCCCCACCUCAGGCAGCAGAUGGUCAUGGUCGCCGAGGAGCUGGUGGCCGUCGCAGAGGUGGUAGGGCUCGCAGAGUUCAUUCUUCUACGCUUGUGGACCCAUCUCCGGCUCCAGCUACAGCUCCGGGGCUCACUCAGGAGACCGUUCAGGAGCCAGCUCAGAAGCCCUCUCACCAGCCAUCUCAGGAGGCCAUCGACACACAGGUUCAUUCUUCUGUGCCUGUGGACGGGUCUCCUAAUGAGAUUGAUGAGACUCCUGAUGAUGUUGUCCCACUCCCACCGCCCACGGUCAUCUCCCAUAGGAAGCAUGUUAUGAACCAGGGUCCGGGUCAAAAGAAGGGAAGGAAGGGAAGUAAGGAUGAUCAUGCCAUAGAGCAUGUACAGAUUAAGAGGAGGAAGGGGGGUGGAGAUGAUGGUGAGGGUGGUGGGGUUGGCCUUAGGCCUAGCCGUACUCUAAAGGCUCCCAGAUGUGGGACCUGAGAUUGUGUAUUUGUAAAUAAAGUGUACAUUUUAUGUUAAUAUUAUAUAUAUUUUUGGUUAUUAUUUUCUUAAUGAUAAUUAGUUAUCUUAGUCUUUAUUGUCAAUUAAUAAUAACUCGUGCGACGUCCUAAAUUAAUCAAAACCCUAUAAAAUAUGACAC